UCCAGCAACAGCAUUCACACACACACACACACACGUACUUUUACACACACUGCUAGGUUUACAGUGUGGAUUUUCCAUGGCGACGUUUGUGUCCCUCUGUGUUCUCUGUGCCGCGCUCUCUACCUCAGUCUCCUGGGUAGAAGCUGAAAAAGGAGAGCAGAAAACACUCCAUCGUCAGAAAAGAGAAUGGAUCAUCCCUCCAAAGAAGCUGAAAGAGAAUGUGGAUUAUACCAAUCAACUUUUUAUUGCCAAAAUCCGAUCGGAUGAAGAGACCAGGACGGAUAUUGAUUAUUUUCUGGAAGGAGAAGCAGCAAGAGCUGGAUUAUUCAGUGUAGGCAGAAAGGAUGGCUUCGUCAGGAUCCAUGGCAUAUUGGACAGAGAGAAAGCAGCUUUUUAUUACCUCAAAGGGCAAGCUAAGCUAAGAGAUGGAACAUUUGCUGAAAAAGAUCUCGAAUUGAAAAUUAUAGUUGAAGACCAGAAUGACUGCCCUCCUGUGUUUAAUAUUCAAAUGAUCGGUUCUGUCGACGAACUCAGUGAAGAAGGUACCCUGGUAAUGAUUAUCACAGCCACUGAUGCAGAUGAAGAAAACACACCACAUUCAGAAAUUGCCUACAGUAUCAUGCAGCAGGAUCCAAAUGGAAUGCAGAUGUUCAGAAUGGAGAGCUCAUCUGGUGAAGUCAAAGUCAGAAUGAACACUCUGGACAGAGAGACACAAGAUACAUAUAAACUGGUCAUCAUAGGCACAGACAUGAAUGGAGGAAAUGUAAGAGAUGAUAAAAACAGACCAAUGACAGGAACAGGGACCGUGACCAUCAAAAUUCUUGAUGUUAAUGACAACGUCCCCAUAUUAGAGAAGACCUAUUAUGAGGGCUCUGUAGAGGAGAACACCGUACAUGUGGAAGCGAUCCGGAUCAAGGCCUUGGACAAAGAUUUGAUUCACACGAAAAACUGGGAGGCGGUGUACACCAUCAUCUCAGGAAAUGAAGCCGGUUACUUCAACAUCACCACCGACACCAACACUAACGAGGGCAUCAUAAUGGUCACUAAGGAGCUGGAUUAUGAGGCAUUGAAAGAGGUAAACCUGCAAGUGGUGGUCAACAAUAAGGCUUCUUAUCACAAGUCAGUGGUGAUCGAAAAGCCUGUGACUUACCCCAUCAAGAUCAAAGUGGUGAAUGUGCCUGAAGCCCCUCACUUCCACCCUGCUGUCAAAGUCAUCUCCAUCUCUGAAGACCGCACCACCAUUGACCUGAAGAAAGUCAUUGCCACCUACACUGCCACGGACAGUGAUACGCUGGUAACCGCCACUAACGUUAGGUAUGUAAAAAUACAGGAUGUAAACAACUGGGUAAGCAUUGAUGAGCGAACAGCCGAGAUCAGACUCAACAAAUAUCCAGACCGCGAGUCGAAGUUCCUGGUCAAUGGAACAUACUACACCAAAAUCAUAUGCAUUACCAAUGACCUUAUAGCCAAAACUGCAACAGGAACUCUUGCAAUUCAGGUCCAGGAUUUCAACGACCACUGUCCGCUUUUGACUCACUCAGCGCAAACGCUUUGUUAUGACAACAAUGUAGUGUACGUCACAGCCACGGAUAGGGAUAAAUACCCCAAUGCAGAACCUUUUGAAUUCAGAGUGGUUACCAAGGGCACAAAAGAGACCUGGAGUGUUGAACGCCUCAAUGAAACAACAGCCAUUUUACGCAGCCAGGAGGACCUGUGGGUGGGAUCCUACACGGUUGAGCUGGAGGUGCUAGACCAGCAAGGAAAGUCCUGCGAGAGUCAAAAGCUUCAGGUCACUGUGUGCAAAUGCACCGAAGCACAAGUGUGCCGACCCCAAAGACGAAGCAGCAACCCCCCUGUACUGGGAGCAGGUGGAGUUCUGGCACUGCUGCUAGGAAUCCUGCUUCUAUUUUUCAUUCCGAUGCUUUUGCUGUUGUGUGAGUGUGGAGGAGCUGCAGCUAUGGGUAAAUUCCAGGCAUUUCCCUUCGACAUUAAUCAGAAACUCAUCCCGUAUCACACUGAAGGCCAAGGAGAGUAUAAGGAACUAGAGGUGCUUCCUCAGCCAUUAGGGAGUGGAGGCGGAGGUGGUAGCAGUGGUAGAAAACUUGGAGGUGGAGAAGGACGUAGAUACGGAGACAGAUACGAAGAAGUAAGCUGGAAUGGCUGGUCUUUGGAGGAAAUCAGACGCAUGUUGGAACAACGUAAUACUGAAACUAUACUUGGAGGACAUUCUGAACUUAUUACAAGCAGAACCCUUGAUUCCAUGGCUCUGUCUGAGAGCUACUUACGCAGCUAUUUUGCAAAGAAAUCACAGGACACGGCGAAGCAAGAAGUUAGUGUGAAUCACCUGCUGGUGUCUAACUAUGAAACCUGCAACUCGGUCACGGGCUCCUUGGAGGAUAUAUGCAGCCAUCUUCAUGAGGAAAACAAUCUAGAUUUCCUCAAUGACCUCGGGCCUCAGUUCAAAAGGCUUGCUGAGAUUAGCUAUGGCUCCGCCUUUGCACGUGAGGAAAGCUCAAUUUCCACGUUUCCCACCUCUAGUUCAAAAGUGACUAUCAAUGUAAAAGAUGCUGCUGGUGGUGUUCACACUAAGGGAACAUCUUCCAGCUCCUCCACCACCACAAAUAUAUCUGAAAUGUACAGCACCGGAGGAGCCACAUCAUCAGCCACCAUAGGCCAAACUUUGCUGAUCCAGCAGCCAAUGAUCUAUAUGCCCUCUACUCCUAUGUAUGUUGUGGAGCAACAGCAGCCUACUCUUCUUUUGACCUCUGGUCCAGUACUGGGCGUUCAGAAAAGCAAUGUGGUGUUGGUGGAGAAAGGGACUACCAAUAUAGCAAUAUCUCCUCAUAGCACCCUUCCCAGGCCAGGACUGCAGCAAGCAAACACCAGAGUAGUGAUGGAUGAAGUUAUUGGAGGCACAGUGAUACAUGGGAAGAGUGUUCAGGAAAGCAACAUGGUGUUGGUGGAAAAAGAGGCUACCAAUAUAGCAAUCUCUCCCCAGAGCACCCUUCACAGGCUGGGACUGAAACAAGCAAACACCAGAGUGGAUCAGGGUAUUGGAGGCACAGUAGUACAUGGGAUCUCAGGCAAUGCUGAGCAUCAGGGCACUGUUUCUGGUACCGUUCAUGUCGUAGAGACUCGACGAGUAGAGAGCACGGAGCCUGUGCAUGUUGUACAGAGCUCCUCACACUCCAGGAUAAGCAAUAGUACACAGGCCAAAGGGCAAAAUGGAGGGGUCAUGGCUCUAAGAAGUGCACCAGUUGUCCAAAAUCCAAUUUCAUUGUCACGGCAAGAUGCGCCUCUUUUUGCUGCUUCAAAUGGGAGCACUCACCAAGAGGUGCGAGAGGAAAGGGUUUCGGUUGUUGAAAGAAGUUUCCAGUCAAGCUCCACCUCCUAAUGCAAUUUCAAAGACACUCUCACACUCUAAGUGCUACAAGGUUGCUCUUCCUCUAUAAUUUUGCCAGUGGCAUCUCUAAACUGCAUCCUAUGUCAUAGGAGCAACGUACGUGCUGUUUGUUUAGAAUUGUAAUCAAAUAAGAAAAACCUAUCAAAUAAAAUCAGGAUAUUUAUAAAAUUGUGAUAAUUACAAAAACACAAUACAAUUUAAAUCUAUCGUUAGGUAUCAUGAUAAUAGUGUAUCGGGUGUUGGAUGAUUUAACUGUUUUAGCCAGAUUUGAUUGUUUCUUUAUUUAUUACUAAAUAGAAUAAUUACAUUUUUUUAUGAUAUAUGUAAAUAUAAAGCAAGUUUAUACAUGUAGCUUUAGUUAACCACUAAUCCGCCUGCAGGACCAUUAAUUUGUUAAUUUUGCAUUGUGGAGAUUUUUUUUUUCUUAUGGCAAUCGCCAACUUCCGUCUGUCUGAACAAAAUGGUAAAAUGUUUAACAAUUUAAUUAUUAAUAUCAGUAGAAAAUCUCAGUAAAAAGCAAAACCAAAAAAGGGAAGAAAACGCACCAGAGCACAUAUUUCACUUUUUCACUUUUUUUUUUUAACUCCAAUGUUGAUUUAACACUUUGAGUCCAGCUGCACCUACUGCAAACAAAGUACAGUAUAAGAGGCUUUUUGUUAUAAAAAUUAAAUCAGUAUUAAGUAAAUAGAAAAUGGUUUUAUA